GUUCUCUCACCACACCACAAAGCAGCUGGGCAAGAGCGAAUACGUUUGUCGACGCUGCUUUCUCUUUUUUUUUUGGGAUCGUAGUAGAAGCGCCAACAACAUCGGCAGGGAGUGUAGGAGAAGGAGAGGAAAAGCUUGAGGCAUUGUACUAGACGUAUUGAAACUUCCUCUGCUGCUGCUGAGUUUUCUAGCGAACGCACGCCAAAUUAGUUGUGUGCGUGUGAAGAGUGGAGCACCGGGGGGAGCUGCCUGCCUUUUUUUGACGCUGCUCUUCAACAGGCGCAACGGAGAUACAAGACGGCAGUGUCUGACGGCUCCAUUUCCUCGGCCUUCCUUCUAUUUCCGCGUUAGCUUGGCAUUCCCUGCACAGGACACACAUGCUUCGCCUCUCAACGGCACUGCGCAGCAGGGUGGCCCCGUCAUCUCUGCACACGUUGGCUCAUCAACUCCUGGACGUGCAGAAUGCGUCUGGCCGCACCUUAAUGUCUGCCAUGGGACCUAAGUGCUUCUCCACACAAGGGAUGCUGCUCAUGGGCGCCGCAAACGGGAUGUGCUUCCUCACGUACUGUAUCAUGACCAACUGGAUCUACGAAGGCUACGUGGACCUGUGGUACGGAGUGUACGGCUUAGACGACGAUGAUGACGACGAUGACGAUUGA